AUGUCCGGGAUAGAAAUCGUAGGAGUGGUUGCAGCAGCCCUCCAAAUUGCUGAACUUGGAUCUCGCGUGUCGGUGAAGCUCUGUACACUCUGUCACCGGACGAGACACGCGGAUACAAUCCUCAGUGGCCUCUCGAAGGAGGUUGCGCUCACCUGCAACGUUAUGCGCCAGCUGGGUGCUAGCCUCAAGGAAGACAAAGAUGCACAUUUAUACUCUGCAGAGGCGUGCAGUACCGCGGAAACGGUGCUGGACGAAUGCCAGAAGGUUUUCGAUGAGAUAAACAAGAUAAUCGACGUGUCGACCAGGUCUACCUUCCGCCGAGUCGCACUUGUGCUUGCGGAGGCUCGGCGGGACUCCAGCUUGACAGUUCUGAGAAGUAACCUGGAGAAGAUGAAGUCGACAAUGCUCCUGAUGCUCAAUGUUAUCAUAUAUGCCGGACAACUUCGCAAGUAA